AUGAUGUUUGAUCCACCUGAUUAUCCCUACAAAGAAUUAUCAGAAACUUAUGAUCCAGACGACUUACUGUUCACUACCGUUACUGACUCUAAUGAAACACUAUCAAAUAAAAAUCCACAAGAUGUAACCACAAUAAUGAACACAGUGGAAAAUCAUUUAACUUUUCAUUCAAACGACUCCGGAAGAUAUUUCAAUGUAGAAAAUUCUUCUUACUUUCAAGAGAAUACUUUGAACACUGUGCCAAACACAGAGCUGUACAUUGUACAGUCGGAUAACUUGUUUAAUUAUGAACCAACAUUACUUGAUGAAAAUACAGUAAAUCAGUUUUUGUUACCUCUGCAGGAUUCGUCAGAGAAAUCUCAGACAAGUGAAAGCACCGGGCCGGACUUACUGGCUCUACAUUCCUGUGUAAUCUGUCAUGAGAUAUUUACGACUGAGGCCGAUCUUCUGGACCAUACUAUAUCGCUCCACACUUCUAAUAAUUCUGUAGACCAACUUGAAAAUACUUUGUUGCCUACUGACCAAGACAAAAUUGAAACCAGAAAUGUUCAAGGAUCUACUCAAAACAAUGAAAACUUUGAGACAGAGUGGCUCGUGUGCCGAAUGUGUGAACGUGUGCUAUCGACCGCUCUGGAAGUUGAGCCCACGGAACAACUAUGCUGCAUAUCCGCCGAUGGUAAGGGCAAUGUGGCAUCUCGCAAGCUGUACACAAUGUACGUCUGCGACUUCUGCAACGGUCUCUUCGCCGACGGUGACGCUCUCGACAAACACAGGCUCACCUGCUUCAUUGAAGAUCAGAAUCAUUAUUAUGAGGAGCAAAAUGGAAACUGCACCUUAGAUGCAAACACCCAUCUUGGUCCCAUAGUAUGUUACGCGUGUGACAUUUGUGGCAAGCAAUAUGGAUCUACCGAGGAACUUAAGGUCCAUUCAAUGGAGUGUCUUAAGCCUCCACCAACCAGGGCAUCACGACGAAGCUACACGAACAGCGGUAACAGUAAAAUGUGGAACUGUGGCUCUUGUAAUCAACUUUUCGCAACUGCAAGAGAGUUGUACCGCCACAAGCGUGGGGAGGACCGUCCCCCGGGCGCGCCACUGAUGGCCUACGUGUGCGAGGAAUGCGACAAAGUGCUGGGCAGCAUGUGCGCACUGCAUACGCACAAGAAAAUGCACAAAGUUACUAAACCUGGUUACCCUUGCCGUGUCUGCGGGAGACGCUUCAACCAAUCAGGACACCUGGCCAUCCAUAUGAGGAUGCAUACUGGAGAACGGCCUUACCCUUGUGAUCUUUGUCCUAAAGCAUUCAAAGUCAAGGUGGAGCGCGACGACCAUCGUAGGACCCACACUGGCGAGAAACCCUUCGCAUGCACAGCUUGCCCCAAGACGUUCACAGCGGCCGCACGGUUGCGUGAGCACGCACGAAUUCACACAGACCAAAGACCAUACCGCUGUGACAUUUGUGGUGCAGCAUUCCGAAGACCGUAUGCUCGCACCGUGCACACCCUCAUUCACACUGGAGAGAAACCUCAUGAGUGUGAUAUCUGUGGAACUGCCUUCAGACGUUCGGGUGAUAUGUGGAAGCAUAAGAGAACUUUACAUGGAGUCCAGGCAGUCUCCAUCGACAUAGAGUUGAAAAAAUGA